UUUAAAUAUGGCGAUUUUUAAUCAACGAUAAACAACGUCACCUCAUCGAAAGUAGAGCGAAUUUUGUGCUUUGAAGCCCAUUUAUAAAUGAAGUUAGAAGUAGAAAAAUAGUGGUGAAUUUUUCUAAAUCCGUCAUCGAAAAUUAUGAACACGCCGUGCCAACGAAAACGGAAACUCUCGAUUGUAUGUUUAAACAGCAAGAAGCAGGUAUGAUCUUUAAUAUUAUAGAAUUUGGAAAUUAAUUUUCGAUGGUCGUUCGGCUUAAAAUGUAAGCUUACUUUGAAAUAAUAAUUUGGUGUUUUUAGAGAAGGACAAGUAUUGUUCCCAAAACAGAAAAGACGAACAUGAACAACAGUUCAAAACUCACUUUCAGGACAGCAAGAAACACCGGUAAAUUUAGAAGUCAAAUUUAAAAAUUUGUUUACAUUUUGCAUAACAGGAUUAACAUAUAUGGUCAAACUAUUAGUAACAAUGUCAUAUGCAAAACAAUCUCCGGUGUUGUACGGCUGCAUAUUAAACAAGCAAUUUGGAACAGAACAAUUUCUAAGUGAUGUUUACUUAAAUUGCAAAUGACUAGGCCAGUAGCUUUGAUCUUGACAUUAUUUCUGUCAUAGUUAUUAUUAAUAUAUGAAUGACAUGGUUAGGGAUCGAGGCUGGCAAAGAUCAAAGAUAUUAUUGAAGAAAUAAACAUAGAAUUUGGACAAGAUUUCAACUUGCACAAUUUGCACAAGCUUUCUCACAAAAUGAUUUUCAGAAAGGUCCUGAACUACAGUACAUAAAUAAAAAAAUUUACCUAAUUUGGCUUACACCACUUGCUUACAUAAACCUUGUUUCUACUGCACUCAAUUUCUGAUAUAGCAUGGAUAAAACUGGCACCCAUACCAUUUAUACACUCUCGGCCUUUGACGAUAAGUAGUCGGAGCGCUGAUAAAAAUGGCACGAAUAUCAAAAUGGAGCAUGAUUGUAAAUGGGGCUAUAGUUGCACUGAUUGUCUGCUUGGAAUAGUUGGCCAAUCAGUGACUUAGGAGCAAAAACAUGUCUAAACCUAACCUACACCUGCAAGUUGGCUGCAACUGCAUGUGUAAACACAGCUCAAAAUGACAUUCAUUGCAACACUGAGGUCCAUUUUGUUUGUAAUAGGUGGCCUUUAUGGAGGCCGGGCCUGGUCUUUUCUCUGCUUGUACAGAGAUAAGAACUCUAAGUCCUGGUCAAACCAUAGACAGAUUUUCUGGGUGCACCCUUCCUAUAAGUUUCCCCACCCCAUGUUAAGAAAUUUCCCCCCAAAAGAACAACUUUAAUGCCCGUCACUCACCUCCCCCUAAAUUUAAGCACCCCCCCACCGAGCAAAAUCUGAAAAUCGGUCUAUGGGUCAAAAGACAAUGACAGUUGAUGGGAGUAGGCAAGCAAGAUCUUGGUGAAAAGGGACAACAGUUGCAUGGGAAUUGACAUUAAGAGUUGAUUGGAAUUAACUCUGCAUCCAGCAAGAAUUCUCAUCAAAAUUUGAACCAGGUCAUAGUUGAUGAGAUUGCAUGAGACCUUAUUUCAACUGUGAUCGAUCCUUGUUUGACCACAGGGCUUUGUCCUUGGGUAUGAGAUUGGCUAUGACAGGAACCAAUUUUGACCAUGAUCUGUACUGUACCCUAUAGACUAACAGUUGUCAGUAUCAUGAGACUGCGCAGUCUGCACAUACCCCCCAGUCCUCCUCUGCAGAAGCUUACAUGAAGUUUUUACUGAGGGAAAUGUGAGUCUGCAGGGUGCGACUCCCCUCGCGCUUGCUUUUAUUCAGGAAACUUCAUGUAAGUUAUUUGUAAAUAAAGGCUCUAUGGAAGACAGGGUGAUAUAUCCCAGCCAUAUAUAAUACCGGUACCAUACAUAUAUGAAAUUGCAAUAUCUGACUCACCCUGGUUCCUAUAUUUUCAGUCUGUGGUUUUUCACAUAAGACAUCUGGUCCUGGCCAUUUCAUCAGGCAAUGGGCUAAAAUAGCCAACAAGUACAACAUGCUCGCAUAAAUGAAAAUGUGGCUCUAUAUAGCCAAAGUGACAUACUUUCCGGAAGGGCGUAUUCUACUCCAUGUUUUACUAAAACAUGGUCCGUUGUUUAUAAAUAAAAUUUUGACGACACUGUUGUAGUAAGUUGUAGGUAAUUUUUAAUUUUUUUUACGUUUCUGAGGGUACAGUAAUUAGGUAACAUUUUUGAGAAAUAUUUCGGCAAACUAAAUCCUCUGCCAAACAUUGGGGAUGGUCCCCCCCAUACUCCCCCCUUACUCCCACUCCCCUUACUCCCUCCCUUGCUCCACCAUUUGCCGGCCCACUGCUGCUCUUUGUGCAAAUCCACAUUGAAAUUUGGUUUUAUCUGGCUAGAACAGACUUUUACAUAAAAAAGUGAAUGUGUGGCACUGAGUACAGUAUAUUGGCAGGGUAAUAUAUAACUUCCCAGUGACGUCAUUGUAUAUUGACCUAAUUGACCUGCCAUAUUUUUACCAAUACUGUAUAUUUACCUGUAGCUGUUGUACAAUUAUUACAUUUUUAUGUUAAUUAUGUUAACAUAUUUUUAUAGGAAGAAAAUGCCAAACUAAUAGCCCAACACUGAUUCAAAACAACCGAGAGUUAGCUACAGCAUUAAGUAAGUAAUCUCUUGAGUUUUGGAUUUUUUAUUUACAGUAUAUGCACUUUAGAACUGGAGGAGUGGAGCUACAAUCAGUGACAAAAUUCGUGGACCGGUUAGGCCAAAUAAAAAUAAUAGUUGGUUUCAGGUUUCACAGCCAUGUUUUAUUUGGGUAGGUAGGUCGGAAAAGCAUUUUAUGUAAAAAAACAUUUUUUCUCAAGUAUGCAAUAAAUAUCAGUUGUUUAUGAGUAACUGUCACACAUAAUCAGACGUGCCACGCGGGAUCACCCGCGAGCUACACGUGUUUUGCGAGAAACAAACGCAUCAAGGAUUAACAUGACUAGAUAAUGAUUAAAUUAUGAGCAAACAAAAUAAUUUGUAGCAAAUGAGUCUGAUGACUAUUUAUAUAUUCUGAUGUUUCCAAAAAGAUGAUCCCCACUGGGAAAUGUCAAUAAAAUGUUUAUGGUCGGUCAUAUUUUUGACAGGUCGGUCGGAAACCUGAAAGCAACUAUUAUUUUUAUUUGGCCUUAGGCUGAGAUUGUAACAUAAUCCGCUCAAUGCUGUAAGACUAAAAUUGCCAUUUUAUUUGAAGCACUUUUGUGUUGCAUUAGGUAUUGUUUGUGUUGUAUUAAGUGUAAGUACCACACCGUAAUAUUGUCGUACCUCUACUGUAAGUACGUGAAUUAUUGCACGCUGCCUCCACUCAAUUACAUUACAUUAUUAUUCAACUUACUCCUCAUUGGGGAUUUUCAGUGACCGAUUACGUAAAGUAUUACCGCUCAUGUUACUUACUUUUAGCCUAGUAGACUACAGGAAAACCCCGCAUAUAAGAACCUAGAAUUUAAGAACCUGUUAGGCUAACAUAUUUUAUUUAGACCUGUAAAUAAGAACCUGUUCAGGCUAAAAUUUCAAAAAGAAUUCUUAUAUUAUGAAAUAGAGUCCAAAUUAAAUCAUAAGUUUCAAUCAGUGUAGCUUUAAGUUCUGAUAGGGUUGUUAUAUUACAUAUACUGUCGUUUUUAGAUACUGUAAUUUGUACAUAAUUUAUAUAAAUCAUAUACCAUAGCUACCUCUCUACAAUGAGUUACUUUUAUCUUAAUUAAGAAAAGAACCUAUUAAGAACCUGUUUAGCCUGAUUUCCUGGUAAGGCCAUUUACUCAUACUGUAUAUAAGAACCUGUUUAGACUAACUUAGAAAAUCUAUAGGUUUAUGCGGGGUUUUAGGCUUACUUGGAAAAUCUAUGCGGGGUUUCACUGUAUCUUUAUCUUUCAACAAUUGAGAUAUUACUUUCCUACAGGUAUCUGUGUUCAUCCCAACACACCCUAUCAAUUUGCCCUCCUUACCAGAGCGCCCGGAGAAAAGUAGAAAACCCAUGACUUUCGGCAGAGUGUUGACAGACUCUUUUCACAUGAGUCCGUAGCGAGAAUUGAACCCGCGUUCUCAGAGGUGAAAGGCGCUUGUUCUGAUCACUGCCGACUGAAGCAUAUCUUCACAAAAUUAAUUGGCCAAAAUGGACCAUUUGCAUUAUGGACAACAUUUCGCAACGAAACUUUGGAAUGUUACUAAUUUUGUGAUGCUCUUUCAAGCUGUGAUGAAAUUUUUGUCUAAAUCAAAAUUUAGUCUAUAAUGCAAAUGCAUGGUCCAUUGGCUACAUUAAAACCACGAAUGGUCUCUGCCAGUGUGUGUAGUGCCACUAAUACAUUUUUCUUUCACUUUCCCCCUAAGUAAGACAUAUAAUCUGGUACGGGAAAGUUACAGGCAACAGCUUUAAGUUUUACAUUUCUAUAAUUAUAAAGAAAUACCGUUAUUAGGAACCUUUUAACGAACGUGCAACAAGGACGGCUAUUAAUACAAUUAAAUUCAUAAUAAUUAUUGUGAAAAGAAAUGAACAAUUAAACUCCCACGGGAGCUUUAGACGUCACCGUCGCUCUGUUUGGUUGUGAACCUCUUCUGAAACACGCAUAAACUCCAGCCUCGUACCCAGGCGCUUUAGAGAAAAUAUAUAUAAUCACGCUAGGCUAGGCUGAGCGAGCCACUGAUCUCUAUAUAGUAGCUUAGCGCGAUUAUAUCUUUUUCUCUAAAGCGCCUGGGUACGAGGCUGCAUAAACCCUUGUCUUGACCUCGAUCCUUAAACCGUAUUAAUUUCAUACGAUGGAUAAUAGAUGACAGAUUUUCUACUGUAUGUUUCGACAGUUUUGUGAUAAGACAUAAGUCAGAAGCAGGGCGCUUAUAUAGAGGCAAUAGGCGCGCUGAUCGAUGUGUGAUGCAAUGAACUGGUAAUGAGUUUGUUGUUGUUAGUACGGCGACGUUGUCUAUGGCAAGAUAAAUAUGGCGGUAAAACUGAGUUCAAAGUUUUGACUGUUUUGUAGUCAAGUUUUGAUGAACAAAUAGAUAUUGGGGGUAAAAUUCCGAUGUUAUACGAUAAUAUACCUUUCCGAUAAUUACGUCACAACUGAACUGUUUUCAACUUAGGACCACCUUAAACGGAAUAGAUUUCAAGUUUGUUUCUCACGGGCAAUGGUCAGUGUUAUACACUGGAAAAAAAAGUGAAAUCCAUACUACGAAAUUUGCAAUUGCACCACUAAAUCCAUAUUAUAUCCAUCCUAUUUCCAUACUAUAUCCAUACUAUGGCAAUAUACAAUUAUUAUGGAUAAGCAAAAUCCAUUCUAUUUCCAAUAAAGGUCCAUACAAUUUCCAUUCUAUGACCUUCUAUGGAUUGUCAAAAUUUUUUCCAGUGAUAACCACCCAGUGCAGGAUUCACCUCCCUGGUUGGUAGUUGUAUGUCUUCUAGUCCACUCGCUACGGUUGCUUGAGGAACAUCAGUGCGAAUGCGGAGAUGAUCUUGGUGACGCCGGAUAAUUGGACCAUCAUCGAGCUGUAUUUCUACCGACACUGGUCCUGUCUUCUUCACUACCGUUCCGGGCAUCCAACUUUUAGGUUUCCUGAAAUCUUUCGCAUAUACUAGGUUCCCGGUUUUGAUAAUCCGUUCUCUAGCAUGAUAGUCAUGCACUGUCUUUUGCUGUGAUUGUUUUUCCCUCACCCGAUAUCCAAGGUUUGGCUGUAUCAGAUCCAACUGAGUACGCAGGUGUCUGCCAGUUGUCGUAUGGGGUGUAAUACUGUAUUUCAGAAGGAAUCGCGAUAGUUUUGUUCUCAUACUUCCUUCAUCUUCUCAAUGCCCUCUUUAAAAAUUCUCACUGCACGCUCUGCUAAGCUUGCCCAUUUGAUGCUGGGUGGUAUGGUGAAACUUUGAUGUGUUUAAUACCAUUUCGGUUCAUAAAUUCUUCAAAUUCACUGCUCGUGAAAUUUGUUCCAUUGUCACUGACAACUGUUGUCGGUAGCCCAUGUGUGGCAAAAAUCUCGCGUAGUUUCUCAAUGGUUGCUGUAGACGUAGUGGAUGUCAUCUGGUGAACUUCUAGCCACUUAGAAUAUGCAUCAACCACAACCAGAAAUAUUUCAGCUUUGAAUGGUCCUGCAUAAUCAAUAUGAAGCCGUGUCCAGGGAUGUCCUGGCCAGUCUCAUGGAUAGAGUGGUGCAGCUGCUGGAGUUGUAUGAUGCAGUUGACACUGAUUGCAAUUCUUCACUUCUCCCUCAAUAUCUUCAUCAAGAGUAGGCCACCACACAUAGCUUCUUGCGAGGACUUUCAUGCGGGAAACCCCUGGAUGUUCUUCAUGCAGCUCCGUUAAGAUCUUUGAUCGUCCUGGGGGUGGAAUGAUAACUCUCGUACCCCAGAGUAAACAGCCAUCCUCCACACUUAACUCAAACUUUUUGUUAUGGUAAGAUUUAAAUGUUGUGGAAUCAUAGAACUCUGGCAAACUGAUCUGAUUGGUGGAAAAAUAUUGUGAUGACAAAAUCAACCAAUCAGUUCAAAGCAGUUUAGUAAAAAUAAGUAACGGUUACAGAUAUUGCUUCAAAACAAAACAAACAUGGCGCCGCGCUACAUAAACUAAAAGUUGACUUCGCGUGGAAAAUAUGGCUUUUAUCUAUAUUUUCAAAUGGAAAAGCCUUUACUUUAAACAAGACUAACAAAACUUACACUGUUGAGUGGAAUUUUCAAGCUGUUAGCGUUGUAUAAUGUGAUUUAACAAAGCCAGGAAAACUUUGUCAGUGCAAUGUUGACUAUAAACGUAAGUUAAAACUACAAUUGUCUCGAACAUUUUUAUGUAAAUUAUUAAUAAGUAAUAGCAUGGUUUCUCGUGAAAUUUGGAUAAACAUGCACUCGUGAGUUUUUCAAAGACCUCAAAUAGCACUCGUCCUUCGGACUCGUGCUAUUUUGAGGUCUUUGAAAAACUCACUCGUGCAUGUUAUAUCCAAAUUGCACUCGAAACCAUGCUAUUACCUAUACUUAUAUCACGCCAGGAGACUCCUAUGUGCGCAUGCGCAGACCGGACUGUACCCUAUCUUACAUAAUAGGGAGCUUUAGAUUUGACUACGAGUACGAGAUUCGUCAAGCGAAACGCAUGCUGUAUGCUUAUAUAUAUAUAUAUAUACGCCAUCCCGUACUGACGCGAAAAAGUCGUAGCCGUCGCCCAUCUGAGUAAGAAAUUGUGGAGAAAUCUCGUAGUCCUCACGACGACUUUUCAAAAAAACAAAGAAAGUUGGCUUUUUUGUUUUCCAAAAAUAAUUUGUAGCAUUUAUAUAGCGUUUAUCCGGCGCAAAUAAUAUAUUAGUACUAAAUAUCUGGCCUGUUUUUAACAGUGUUAUGACAUAUUUACACGUUUUGUAGGGGGUUUUAGUCUGCAGGAGAUUUAGUUUAUGAAACUUUUUCUGUCGUUGUUGGUUUACUGCUAUAAAAGCAACAUUUGAAUGGAAACUAAAACGACUACGUACGGUAAUUUCCUCGCACGCGAUCAAAUCUCGUACUCGUAGUCAAAUCUAAAGUUAUACCUAAAUCCUAAUAACAAAAAAUCAUGACAUGGCCAAAAUACAAUUGUUGUUUACCUUUUUCGCAGCGAAAAAAUGGUCUAACGACGCAAAAUUAAACACACAAAAAUACCUCACUUUCCAACGCUGUGUAUUCAAACGCUCAACUCCGAAUUUUAUGGAAACUUUUGGAGAUAAGCUCAUAAUUAUAAUCUUUACCAUCAACUGAAUUUCGUAGUUUGGACGACUUGAUAGGAUGCCCAAAUGCUGUUUUGAAAUUUUCCUUCCAUCGAAGUCAUCAAAAACCCGACUCAUUACCCUCAAUAUUUCUUUCAAAAUUCAACUAUACAAGCCAAACAAGCAAUGAAAAAAAAGCGAAAAUACAACAGCAGGAAAAAUCACGCUCCUUGUUAACUUUUGCCGAAAAGCACGCUCGUGCCAGUCCACUUCCGCAUCACACAUCGAUCAUCGCAACAUCAGCGCGUUUCAUCGCCCUCUAUAUAAGCCCCCUGGUCAGAAAAUGGCAGCCAAAUGCGCCCCUAGAAAUCCUUUGACUCGAGCAAUUUGAGUUGCGUCCUUCGCUAUUCAGCUUAGCUCUCAGCUGCAAGUAACCAUGAUUAACAGUUAUACCCACUUGUACCUAAUAACACAAUUCAGUACGAAAUAGAUUUUGCGUUGUUGGAUGAGUAUUUUUCGAUAACCUGGAUGAGGGGGAUGGAGAGGGGAGUUAGAUACCAUUUCCCCAAUUUUCUCCAAAUCCCAUUUCCCAACCCUUUUUUACGUCAAAUCCCAGUGCCACUAUGAAUUGAAAGAAAAUCCCAGAGUAGGUGGUCCGUCUACUGCACGUGAUGUCUUUUAAAAACAUUUCAGCGUUCAAUUACUUCGCUUUGGAACUAGCUUUGUCAAUAGAAAGGUAUACGACUGACUUACAAUAGCAGAAAAAUGACCUCUUCGAGCCAUACAGUAAGUCGGUUAAAUUCACUAUCACAAAUUGGCCUUUUAAUACAAAUUCUCUAUCAAAAAUCGCUCUGUAGCUGCUGUUAAAGUUAUUUCACUCUGAAAUGUCCAACUAUAAUUGUCUUUAUAAUUGUAUUUGGGUUUCGCAUUCCCAAUAGGCAAUUCCAGCUUUUAAUUUAUGCGCGCAAGGGGUGACGGUUAGUAAGGUAUCAUAUUGCUGAUUAUGCUGAAAAUUUUCAAUAAAAACUGCCAAAAACAACCGAAAUAUUUCAAUAUUUAUGAGCUAUCACUCAGUUUUUACACGGCCGCCAUUUUUAUUUUUUCAGCAUAAUCAGCAAUAUGAUACCUUACUUCCGAUCCCCCUACACGCAUAAAUUAAAAGCUGGAAUUGCCUAUUUUGUGUCUUUCAGUCCCAAUAACUCAAGUCCGGGUCAUUUUCCCAGUCCAAAUACAGGGAAAUCCCAGUCCCCAUUUACGCACGAUCCUCGUUUUCAAUUAUUAGAUAAAGCCAAAUCGCGCAUCAGAGAACUGGAAGAUCAAAGAUUCGACUUACAAGGCGAUAAGCAUCAAUUAUUGGAGAAAUACAACAUGUUAACCAAACAGCUACAGAAAAUGAAAGACGAGCAAGUUGCAAAGCAAACUAUCGACGACAAGAUUUUUAGGGUACAAUACAGUAUUACUAAUAAUUCAUGAAGAAUCUGGCCAGGUUCCACUGAUCUGUUUUAAUCACAUGCCAUGGUUUUAUAUUGGACCCUCCUGGAAGGGACGUCCUUUGUCUAUAGGGCGUCGUUUUCCCGAUUGAGAGGCUUGGAUAUUGCUGUGGGCUUGGAUUUAACAAACCUCGCAUACACGAAAACGAGGCUUUAUAGUCAAAUGACGUACUUCCCGGAAGGGUGUAUUGGAAUACUUGACAUAUGAUUGUAUUCAGCGUUCUCUCUCUCUUCCAUCGAAUUAUAUUUUUCGUCACUGGCAUAUUGAUUAAAGAGGUUUAAAUGGAUUGAAGGGAAGUAGCUACUGAUUUAUACUACCUGCUUGAAUUCAUUCGAUUUGAACUUUUACUUUACGACUGGAACAGUCAUAAUAACGUAUUAUAUAAUACCUUAUUAAAUUCUAAUCGUUUAAUUGGCUGUUUAUGGUCACGUGAUAUUGAAUAGAAAAUUCCAUUUCCCAAGAGUGCAAUGGACACGUUCCAUUGCACUCUCCGCGAGUGCAAUGGAAUAAAACGUAUAGUACAAUUGCACUCUUUGUGUUUUCGAUAAAUCGCAUCCCUCAAAAUGCUUCUCAUACGAAUCUAUUAGUCUAUUUUGGUAUUAUAUAAAACAAAUAAUGAAUGUUUCUUCGUGCAAUGGUAAGAAUAUUUUCAUUCGGUGAAAGAUGGAAUGUUCCAUUCAACUCGGCUGUCGCCUCGUUGAAUGGAACAUUCCAUCUUUCACCUCAUGAAAAUGUUCUUACCAUUGCACUCAUAAACAUUCAUUAUUUGUAUACUGUACAAUGUUUCCACCGCUAGCGUACAGACUGUGUCUUAACCUCAUUGAAAAUCAUGACAUUUAGCAAUAAUACAGCGCUAGCUGAAUAUUGAAGUAUAAUAAUGUAUAUAAUUGCAUAUAGCCACGCUACUCUACGAUCGAAUAUCUCAAUAUUUUCAGUCGUUUUCUGCACGGAAAUUUCAAGCAUUAGACGGUGAGAUAUGCGUCACAAAUUUUGCGUAACUACAGACUGAAGUAAAAUACUUAAAACGAACAAUGAAAUAAUUUUGAAUACUGCAGCUAGUGCUACAGUACAUACUUGAAUGCUUGAAAUCGAUACCAAUUGUUAGCGCUUUUAAAUACAGUAUAUGUAAGCAUACACUGUAUGAGAAUUCUUUUUUUAAUAGGAAAUAUGUGAAUCAUUGCGUUCAAAGCUGCAGACAGCGACAGAAAAGCUCUUGGAAUCGUCCGUUUUUCUCGCUGAGGUGGACAAAUCAGUGACGACAAUAUUAAAAAUGUCUGCUUCACAAAAUGGCGAGAACCAAAAUCGUUCUGUGGAGUUAAGGUUGGUAAAAGUGAUUUGCCAGGAUUAAGUGCUAAAUUUUUCAGUUAUGGUUGGUGGAUUUCAUGGAUUUUGGAUUUUAAUUUUGUAAAAUAACGCAGUGAUGUGGUUUGUUGAACACACAUGGUCUGCCAUGGUAUAGAUCGAUUGCGAGGCAUUGGGUCACAGCUAAAUAUACAAUUAUAUAAAUCAUGAUGCUUUGAAUGGGGAUGUCGGUAGCCAUCCAUCACAAGAGUAUGCCUGUGCACCCAAGCCAUAAGUAGGCCACAUAAGCAGUCACAUUGUCAAGAGUGUCCAAACAUAUGAUCAGUGGCGGACACUUCGAGAAUUAAACUUUUUUGCCUUAAAUCUCAUGCAAUAUUUAGCUUAAUUAAAGUCUACCACGCUUUCAUGGUCGAAAAAGUGUCACAACGUCGGUACACAGUAUUCAUCUAUAAAUGAAAGGUUUUUGGAAAUUAUUGGAUCGAGGUGGUGACCUCCCCUGCUCGCCUGCGCCCGCCUGCGCGAAAGGGCAUACUUUGUUCGGAUUACAUAAAUUUAUAAUUGUAUGUAUGUUCAAUUAAGUUUCCUCUUUCUCCCUAACAGUCUGCCAUUGGAAAUAACGUGUGAUGACUCAAUGCAGGGAAGCAAAGAAGCAGCGUUAUCGAUAACAAAACUAACACCAUCCCCAUCAUCUGCAUCGUCGUCCGACAGUUACGAGAUGACAUCCCCUGAACUCAGUGCUGAUUCAACACCAUCGGCAAUUAGACCUGGACUUCUAACCACUAUUGAAGAUCAUAAUUCAACACUCGAAAUUUCAGAUAUGCGCCUAGUCCUUAACUCUACGGAAAGUUCUUCUGUGGGCAAAGUGCUGAAUAUGUCACAGGAAUCAAUGGACUGCCACAAUAACUCUCAUGACCGCGAGGCCAUCCUUGCACAACUUGGUUCAAUGGACAUAGACUCUCCUAUAACAAAUUCUAAUGAGCUAAGCCUUGCAUGGAGUUCUACACCAGAUUGCAGUCCUAUUCGCUGUGCGAGAAGUACAGUACACCGUCUUGCAUCCACACCCGAAGGUAGGUGCAGUACAAUUUACGGUACAUUUUAUAUUGCAUUAUAUACAAGCUUUUAUCGAGGGUGUCCAAAUUGGCCGUCCAAAAAAUACUGUGGGUGUGGCAGCCUAUUUUCGUAGACGUGGUCAAAAAAGAUGACGUUUGAAAUUAAUUGUCAUUUAUACUCAUAAUUCGACGUCUUUUCGACAGGAAAGUAUCGAAACGUGAGAAAUAGAUAAAGUAAACACAGCUGACAACUGUUGAGGUUUUCAAGAUAUAUCAGAAAGCUUGCGAGUUGUCCAUUACAAAGUGGCCGUCCAAAUUAAAAAGCGGUCAUCCAUAGCACGGUUGGACGGCCACCUGGCUUUCAUGGUUCCAAGCGAGAGCCUCUGGUGUUGUUGGUUUGUGGAAUGUCUUGCCAAACCAUUGCCAUCAUCUUUUCCUAAUUCUCGUUUCUGCUUGCAUGCUGUUGGUUGGCUCUGAUAGGUUCUGAAUUGUUUGAAUUCAAUUCUUCAUGUUAGGCAAACGUUUCUGGUGGAGUUGGCACUAACGAUGAUCAUAUUAUUCUUCAACAACACUAAUCCCGAAAAGGAAGAUUAAAGCAUCGAUCCACUUUUUUCCAGCACUUAACUUUUCAGUUAAAAAACGGAGUUUGCACAGAAACCUUGCCAAAACAUAUUUAUUGUCGUGUGUAAACCGCUGUGUAGAUCGUUUUUGUUGUCUUCUUCUUUGCAUUAACCGUCGAUAGCGUUGGCACCAAAAUACUAUCUUGGGAAUCAUCUUCUCUUAGUUUUAGUAUCCUAGUAUCUCUUUAUAUCCCUUUAUCUUAUCCUUUGUGUUCCUUUUGUUGUUUGUCUCUAUGCCACCUAAACUGGAUUUUCCUCUCCUCUCAUAGCCUGCCAAAACAAAUGCAUUCCCUUUUUGUGGCUAGCCCGUUUGCGGGCUAGCCAUUAUCACAUAGUACACUACACAAACGCGAUGAGCGAUGAUGAUCAUGGUGUCCAGUCCGGAUUUUCGUAAAGUAUCGGAAGCAAUCGGAAGCGCCCGUAUUUUUCUGCCGACAUUUCACAUUUGCAUUUCGAGGCAAUACUAGUGAUGUUGUUACGAGCCAGUACUAGUGAGGUUGUUAAACCAGAAAAUUAAAAUAAAGUUUAUCUUCAUGGCUUCAACCUAUGGUGUCGAAACCGAUCAGAAAUUGCGCGUACUCGCCGUGUAAAUAUGGGUUUUGAUUUGCACUUUUGACUGAUUUGCGGGCCAUUUGCCAUCUUGAAUUGUCUUCUUGUUGAGAUUUCAUAUCUCAAUUGCAUUCGAAAUGUUUGGUAUUUUAAAGAAGGGGUAUUGUGUGGAGGAGGUUUAUAAUGCAGCGAAUAAAACCAGCAUUGGAUAAUUAUGGUAAAAGACCAGAAACUGUGCAUCGAACUCGUUUAUUUAAAGGCUUUAAGUAUACCUUUUCUUCAGACAUUGACGGCGUCUCAAAUGUCUACAUAUUUGUAAUAAACCUAUAAAGGAUUAUUGCGUCUGUCUGUCUUAGGAGUUAUAUAGUCGAAUAAUUCAGCAUGAUUUGUCUCACGUUCUCUUAUAAGUUGACUAAUAUUGCAUUAAAAGUGGUAAAAGUUGGUGUGCUAACCAAGUUUCAGUGUAUUUGUUUGCUAAUAUUGCUAGGCCUAUAUCUCAAACGCUAUUUGCCUAUUAAAAUAUCAUAUGACACGCAAUUUUAAUUCCACGGCAAAACUGCUGUUGCGCAAAAUAACAAACGCGAGAUUAAAUCUAUAUGGCAGUAUUACAGUUUAGUAAUAUUGCAUUAAAAGUGGUAAAAGUUGGUGUGCUAACCAAGAUUUCAGUGUAUUUGUUUGCUAAUGUUGCUAGGCCUAUAUCUCAAACGCUAUUUGCCCAUUAAAAUAUCAUAUGACACGCAAUUUUAAUUCCACGGCAAAACUGCUGUUGCGCAAAUAACAAACGCGAGAUUAAAUAUAUAUGGCAGUAUUACAGUUUAGUAAUAUUGCAUUAAAAGUGGUAAAAGUUGGUGUGCUAACCAAGAUUUCAGUGUAUUUGUUUGCUAAUGUUGCUAUAUCUCAAGCGCUAUUUGCCUAUUAAAAAUAUCAUAUGACACGCAAUUUUAAUUCCACGGCAAAACUGCUGCUGAGAAAAUAACAAACGCGAGAUUAAAUAUAUGGCAGUAUUACAGUUUAGGUAUCUUUUAAAUUGCUAAUAGAUCACACGGAAACUUUUUACAAUCGUUAUAUUCAAAAGCCUAGCGUGCAAAUUCACAUAUUUGUGUUUAUUCAAGUGUUAUUCAAGUAUACCGUGAAACUCCACUGACAAAAUGAGCCCGCACAAGUGGGAGAAAAUUUGCGCAUUCUGACCAUCGUGGUGUGUCAGUUAACCAGCAUGGCAGGCUUUCUGGGUUUGGAGGAGGGUUUGGGGAGUUAAAGUUUACCAGGCUAGCCACAUGUACGCAUUGCGUACCUAUUUUUUCUUAUCUUCUCCUAAACCAUUGCAUUGCCGUUUUUCUUAUCUUAUCCUAAGAUUAGUUGUUUGCACACGCCACAUAUUUACGCCAUUUCGUAAUUACUGUAUAUUGCGGUACAUUUUCAACGGGAUUUCUCAAAAAUAUGAUAGUAAAACAAGCAUUACCAAAAUCUUUCUAACACGUCUUCUCUUGCCGCGUCGACUCUCUAUUUCUUUUUAGUGUGUUACGAACUUCAAGGCAAUCUAGUAGAAUAUGCGUGCUAAAAUUUUAUUUUAGCACGCAUAUUCUAUUCUUUAUUUUAGCACGCAUAUUCUAGAAUAUGCGUGCUAAAAUUUUAUUAUAGCAUGCAUAUCCUUUUUUUGCGUUUACUAGAUGCCAGUUUAAUAGUGUCGCAUUCAUAUCUUUGUUAUUCGGCGAGGGAGGGGGUUGCGCGGCUUAGUUGAUACGAGAGUCAUAGGAGUGACUUUGAUGGCCACCUCGAGCUUUGAUGAUGAUUCUACCAAUUAGAGUUGCACGUGAUGUCAUUGAAACAAUUUUUUUAACAUUUGCCUGCUAAAGUCAAUUUUUUUUCGAUUGUUGUCAUGCCAUCAAACUAAAAAGUGCUGUUUAAAUUUUCCGUGCUUCCCCCCCCCCCUGUAUUUUUAAAAGUUGAAAAAUUGAAUCUCAUUGUCAUAUGUAUAUCUCUCUAACCUUAAAGUCCAGUCUGGCCGCACAACUGCUUACAUUAUGCCCUGGACAUACGAAUGGGGAUCUCCUAAUUAUCGACAGCAUUGAACUACUUUGAGCUCAUAACUUAAUUAUCUACAUAUUGUGGAGAAUUUGGGAUUCUCGAUAAUAGAUAGGUUUUGCUAUUGCAGAUGGAAUUUUCGAACGCAAAUUUAUAUAUACACAUUUAUCAGGGAUGGAUCCAGCCAGGUCUGAUAUGGGGAAGGGGGUACUCAUCGAUCUAUGGUCAUGGUUUGGGAUGCAACCAGAGCAGUGUUCUGUAGAAUUGGCGAAACGUUAUUGUAGUAAUGGUGACACGAUAUAUUGCCUUUCCAAAUUGAAAAAUGGAUUUGAUGAAUGUAAUAAAUUUGCCCUCCCCUUGCACUCCUUUUGCCAAGGUUAUACCUCCACCUGCACCCCUUCCCCUCAGUAAACCAAUCCUGACAUACACAAUACAUAUACAUGAUCGUGUAGUUAAUGGAGGGCCGAUAGUUUCAUUUUUCUCAGUUGCUUUUGGUUAGGUAUAAAAUGUAUAAAAAAUUGCUAUGUACAAAGCCCCUCCAAUAUGUACAUAUUGUACUGUAUUUUAUUUUGCUGUUGUUAUUUCAGUCACCGUGGUUAUUUAAUUUCCUAGAUUCUGAAAUUUCAAGAUACGCAGCCAAUCUCACUGCAGGUAGCCCUCAACUCUCGCCAGCAUUCACCCUGUGUUCUGGAGUACGUAAAUCAAGAAGAAGGAAUAUGAUUGACGGUUUUACAUACAAGGAACCGUUAAUUGGGAGGUAAAUUUUUCAUUGAGUAUAAAUUUUGACCAAUUAUCUACAGGAAUUAUUGUCAAUUAUCUAACAUGCAUUUCAUGAAUUUUCCCGGAGACGCUAGAGGGAACCCUCUCGAGACCAGUCAUUGUGCUACAGUGCCGUGCCAUGGAGCAUGCGCAAACAGCGCGUUGCAGCUUGAAGAAGUGCACCGCAAGCACGAAGACUUCGUUUCGACACCGCAAUUUUAGUUUUAUCGAUGAUAGUCUAAACGGAUUUAAAAUCCUCAUUAUCCUCAUUUGCACUACAGUGAAGCACAAAAAAUACUGAAUGUCUUGUAGGCAAUGCUAAUGGCCAACAAUUUUGUAUACAUUUUUAAUGACGCUAAAGCUAAUAUUAAAGUAUCUCAUCUAGUCCCUAACUGAAAGCUGGAUGAGAAUGGUCCACGUCUUCGAAAUAGAAACGAUCUUACUUUAGUCUUUAUGCAAAUGUACUUUAAAUAAUAGGGUUUUUCCGGUUAUGACUAACGGAAAUUUAUCACAACGUUUACUAGAGUAUGAAUAUUUCGCGAAUUACAAGCAAAAACAAUAUAAAAUCUACAUCAUUUCAGACACUGGUAAUUUUACUACAUUCUCUCAAAGAUUUAACUUCAAAAGUUCAUUCUAAGGAUGUUAAAAAAGCGAAUUAUAUAUUUUCGGUUUUUUUGCAAAAGUUUGUCAAAACUAUGCUGGGGUCACGUACCCUGUGGUGUUGUCAUAUUUUUUAAAUCUUGAAGAAGCGCUGAUUGGCUAGCUGUUGUGCAUGAUUCCAGUACACAAGCAAAUUCUAGUUUUGGGCGCACAAUAGCCAUGUAAGCAGUUUCCUACACUUCCAUGAUGUUUAUAUUUGAACACAAUCCAUGUCUAUAAUUCGGAUACAAUCGAUGUUUAUAAUUCGGAUAUAAUUGAUGUCUAUAAUUUGGAUAACCCUGACAUAAACUUUACCUUCGAUCACGAACGCGAACCAUAUCUCCAAAAUCUAAACGGAUAAACAUCACUACUUAGAUACAUUUGUAUUUGAAGCAAUAUAAAUCAUUAAUUCUCAUCCAAUCUGUAUGUGAUUUACUACCGCAUUCCUUGUAAAUCACAUACAGAUCGCGGCAUGGUUUGUUUAUUUAUUUAUUACCAUAUGAUCGAGGAGAAAUUUUCUGGAAACACGAAGAUGAAGAAUAACUAUACUUGUGGAAAUAAUUUUUUUCUCGAACUGAAAGGCAUCGACGAUCCUUUCUUUCGCUUUUUGGUAAUAUAUCCCCGAGCCAAAGCGCCGUUCCGAUAUCAACUCGGGGUGGGAGGUAUAUUAAUUCCGCUCGGCUAUUUACGUCCGGGAAAAGGAAAGCAUUAGCGAAGUCUAAUUUUCAAAUAUGUUAAUUUCUGAAUUUCGAAUUUCAACAUCAGUAAAUUUCCAUAUCAGUCCAUCACUACGCACAGUCACAGUCACACUGACCCAUAUUUAGCCUUGCCUCUAUUUAAAUCAAUCUCUUGUAUUCUCAUGUAUUCCACGCAUAUGACGCUCAGAAUAACUGAGAUGGAGUAACAUUUUAUACUUUAUUCCUUUCAGUAAAUUGAGGCAGGGUGAUCCUUUCACUGACUGCAGUUUAAUCCAACCUUCCAAAAAAAGUGAGUAUUUUUACACACAUAGAUGGUCGACCAAAGAGAUUAUAAAAUAAUAGAGUGGACAUUGCAGGAAACGUUUGGGCAAACGAAAGCGACAGAUUCAAGCUAAAAUGGGGGUUAUACCCGGAUGUAAAACCAAGAAAAUCUAUUUUUUCACCUUUUGGCUGCAAUUCAAGUACUUAGUCAUGGUUUUAUCAACAGUCGUGACUGUUUUGCAUUUAUGGCGAAAAAUUGAGGAAUUAAUUCCGUUUUAUAUAAUGGAAUAAAAAUAAAAUUUGAACGUGCGGAAGUCACGAUGAAAAUACCGCUCUUCAACAUCAACAAAAGCACUUUAAACAUUUCUACCAUUCCAAAACUUGUUUUGUAUUAAAGUCCAAGUAUUCUUGUUGAUUUUGAGUUCUUAGUUCUCGCUCAAACUAUGUUAAACUGGAAAAAUUGAUGUUUUUAAAGUUGUAUUAUUUUGAUAAUUUCCUGCUCCUCCUAAAGAUCGAGGCUUUGCAUCCUAGAAUGAGAAUUUACAUCCGUGCAACGAGAUUUUAGCCAGUCACAGAGCGUUAUUUGCCCCCAUUAAGCCUACUGUAGUUCUCAUUCAUCGCAAACCGUCGGCGAUGGGAGCUUUGCGACGUCGGCGACCGCUUGCGAUUUAUGAGAACACAUAAAAAAUUAUAUCGCCGAUUGUCCGUGAUCGUCGCCGACCAUCGGCGAUGACAUCGCAGGAAACAAAAAAGUUUGUUUCUUGCGACCAUCGCCGAUCAUUGCCGACUGCCACCUGCUUGAAAAAUCUAUGACAAAUGAGUAAAAGUUGUUUUUUCCUCAACAAGCAAGGAAAUAAUCAACUGAAGUUUGACAGAAAUCAUGAACUUUACGUUGAACGGGGCCAUUUUGUGCCUUGGUGGAAAAUUUCGAAACACAUCGGCUGUCAUCUGCGACGAUCACCGACGUAUGAGAACUUUCGUACAUUCGCGACCUGCGAGCAUCGGCGAUAAGCGUCGCCGAUCGUCGGUGACAGUUUGCGAUGAAUGAGAACUAGGCUUUAGGAAGCUUCAAUUUGUCCCUCGAUUAUUCGCGCAAUGCCAACUCUAUUCUUUCAUCAUCUCUAUGUGGUCGAUAUCUUCGUCAGGUUUGAUGAAUUUCGCAACGGAUGGAGAAAAUAUCCUUGUCCUUUACAUCUCAGAGAUUGGUCGAGGUCGAGCACCACGAAUUGAUCGAUUUCACUCUAACAUCAUACAAUCAAAGGCCGUUGAGGUCGACUCACUGAUAAGAUCAAAUGAAAAUGACAGAAAGAAUUAGAGCAGUUUGCAGUUGUUUUUGCAAACCGGGCACCGUGCGAAUUUUGCCAUUUCACCCAUUCUUCGUGCUUCAUUUGCCAAUUCAAAAGAACGAACGCGUGAUCCAGCCCGAUUUCCUGUUCCGAAGGGCCCGAUUCGCAGGCAAACAGUGCGGGCAAAGCAGGCUGGUCAUUUCCCAUUGUUUAACUGCCCCACACUCACCCUACACUCAAGUAACAAACACUCACAGAUAACAUGCGUGAGUCAAAAACGCUAGCUAUAAAGAUGGCUGCCUUAAUGUUUCUUAUACCUGUAUCAUUACCAUGAGUUUUCGCCUACGAUGUUUAUCCUUCAGUUAAGGUACGUUUAGACGCUGCAAUUUGUCGUGUGCGAUUCGUAUUCUGGCGUACGUAAUCGAAUAAGCAUGCGUCAAUUGAGGGCCGCUGGUUUAUCAGUUUCACUGUCAUGCGUUUACCCUCAUUAAUAAAGUUCAUUGGUUGAUUGAUUGAAUUGGUUGCAUUUCAAAUUUCGCCAUAAACGUAAUGAAGAGGAUUUGUGACUUCAGCAGUAAUUUGUAUAAAGCUAAGUUUACACACAACUUUUAAUCGGGCCGAUUUCAGGUUUUGCCGAAUGUUAAUGACGAAUGUUAAUGACGAAUGUUGUCAGCUGAUGAUGUCGUCAGAUGACGUUGACUGCGUAUUUUUCAAAUAUCGUUCACUUACAGUAAAGCUCAAUCGACCUGAUUAUUAAUCGUUGUGUGAUGUAAAGCUUUAAUAAUAAUCCACCUUAAGUAAAAAAAAUACAGUGGACUUACAAAAUCAUAAACAUUAUAAAACCAUCUAUAUUACAAUAAAAAUUUGUAUUUUUAAAAAGGUUCAGUUGCCAAAGGCACAGACGACGAUUAUGUCCUUCAGUUCAGAGAAUAAUGCAACCUUCAUUCAGCCUAAAAUUACAGAACCGUCUAUUAGGGUAGUAAUUUAAAGUUUAUUAUUAAAAAGUUUAACUGCACGAGGCAUAAACGAUGAUUUAUGUCUUUCGGUUCUGGAAAUAAUGCGACCGGAGUCUAAGACUUUAUGCAUGUUGCUACACUCUCCUUUCAUGAUGCAUUCGCUUUGUGCGCAGUCAUCGGCAUAUUUAUAUGUGCUCACCUCAAGAUCUUCAGGAACACUCGUAUCUAAGUCGUCAAUGUGGAUAUUAAAUAGAGUCGGCGAAAGAGCAGAUCCUUGCGGUACUCCAGCUGGGCAACCCUCGAUCGAUGAAAGUGUUUGAUUUAUCUUGACCUGCUGAGUUCUACCAGAUAAGAAGCUUUUGACCCACAACCAUAAGCUUUUAUUAACAUUCAUCAAUGCAAGUUUAUUCAACAGAAUCCCAUGAUCAACUAGAUCAAAGGCUUUUUUAAUUAAAGUCGAUAAAGAGGGCAUGGAUGCCUGCUUUGUCACGGCAGGUAUUGUCAGUAGCAAUAAACCAUGGCUGUGUGAUGUAUAUCAGAGCCAAUGUAGUAGAGCGGCCACUAGUAAAACCAUGUUGACUGGGACGUAGUAUGAUGUCAUUGAGUUGUAGUUAUAGUUAUAGUCACUCUAGGAUUUUCCCAAUAUGUGGCAAAACAGAGAUUUGUCUAAAAUCGUUACUAACGUCAGUUGGUGGGUAUUCUUUAGGCACAGGUGUGACCAGGCCAUAUUUGUAAUGACUUGGAUACUUACACUGUUUAAUGCUAGCCGUAAUGAUGUCAUGAACAAUCGGCGCUAGAACGCUAGAGAAUCGUUUAAGUAACCAUGCUGGAACACCAUCGGCUCCCGUUGCUUUCGAGUGGUUAAGGUGAUUUAGGACGCUCUUAAUCUGGCCAAUACUAUGUAGAAGGGGAGGAUCUCAUUGGGGAAUACUUGUUGUAAUUAGGUCUUUCCAUGGUUCAGUAAAGGAUAUUUGAAAUUUUUCUGCUAAAGCGGCCUCGCUACCCAUGGAGUUUACUGUCAGGCCUUCAUGCUGACUACUUACUCCCGACAGAUUAUAAAUUGUUUUGUACCAUUUCGCAGGGUCAGAUGUGCGGAAUGUUUUAGCUUUAUUUUGAUAGUAAUUUGAUUUGGCUUUGCUAAUCAUAUCUUCUACUUGUGCACUUAGCAGAUUAUACUGGGACAUGUUGCCACGAGUAAAAGCCCGUUGUCUUAGCUUAAUCUUUGCUUUAAUGUUCGGAGUCAUCAAAGGUUUAUCCGUGGGAUGUAGGCGUAUGGAUUUCAGAGGCAUACAUCCGUCUAGAGCUUGACUAAUAACUCCAUUGAAAAUUGAGACUUUGUCAUCUACGUCUUCUGCUUCGUAUACUGCAUCCCAGACAGUUCUGCUUAGUCUUAGCUCGAGAGCUAUUUUAAUAGCUAUUUUAAUUUAAUAUUUUAAUAUUUUUAUUUUAAUAUUUUAGUAGCUAUUUUAUUUGAACGUUUCAUCGAUCGAAAUGUUUUAGUUAUUGAGCGGGUACUCGUCCGAUGUUUUGGAUUCAAAAGGAGGCAUUGGUGAUCCGGAUUGACCUAAGGGAGGAAGAUGUUACACUUCUUGAAACAGUGGCGACAUAUUAGUCAUUAUCUGAUCUAAACUAUUGUUCUGGCGAGUUGGUUUCUUAACAAUUUUCCUCAAAUCAAAACAAUUACAUAAUGUUCCUAAUUUUAUUUUGUUAAAGUCUCCAGCGAUUAUAAUUUCAGCAGAGGGAUAGCUUUGUAGAAUUAAUUCGAUUCCAUUAAUAAGAUAAUCAAUCAUAGUUAUCUCAUUUAUAGCCGCUUGACCUGCAUGGGGGAUAAUAGACUGCAACCAUAACAAUGCAACUGAAAGACCUUGGAAGUCUUUGUGGUUUCAACAAUAGCCACAGAACGUCUUUGCCUUCCUCGUCCAUGUCAAACAAGCGGCUAGAAGGUAUUGCAGUUUUAACAUAAGUAAUUAAACCGCCGCCAGGUGUUCCUCUAUCUUUUUGGUACGGAGUAUAGUUAGGUCCAAUAGAUAUAACUCCAUCGUAUAUGCUGGGAUCUAGCCAGGUCUCAGAAAUACAUAUAAGGUCAGGAUCAUUAAUUUCCGAAACUGAGCUGAGCUCAUCCAUUUUAUUCAGAAUGUGACAAGCAUUAGUUAAAAAUAAUGAAGGAACAGUCUGUUUAUUCGUUUUUAUAUCGGUAGAUAUCUUGAUACAGUUCGUAGACUCAUGGGACCUUCUUCUAUCAGAAUAAAGCGUAUUAAUGUGGGGAGUGGUGCUCGCGGUUUUAGAAAAUAGUUGUUGUCGAUGAGUAAUUCUUGUCGGAAUCGGCAUUUUUAUCGUUUCAUAGUGCGAUGGACAAGCUUCAGGUGAUUGAUCCAGUCCUCCUUGUUGUGUGUAAACGUAUACCUUAAAGGUGCGUUUACACGCUGGGAUUUGUCGUAUACGUACAAUUCGUAUUCUGGCGUAUGUAAUCGAGUAUAAGCACUCGUAAAGUGGUUGCAUUUCAAAUUUCUCCAUAAUCUGAGUCAUAGAAAUAAUAGAUAUAGAAUGCGUACUUGAUCACGAAUCAUGUCUCCACUUUUUCUCAUGCGUGCCCUUAUAAAUCCGCCAUGUUUGAAUUUGACUAGGAGUGCAAACUACAAAGUAUAAACAAAGCUAAAACUACGUUUUCAUUGUCAAAACGUUUAUCUUGUUGUCUAAUUUGUGGUUUGGGGAUAGAUUUUGAGUUUUUUGAAGGCACAAACUGUCAAAGCAAAUGUGCAGUUACAAAAACGGUGAAAAUCGUGCAGCCUUGUAAACAAAGUAUUGUCGCCGGUUUCUCGAAAUUUACUCAUAAAACAUUUUUGCAUGCUUUGAACGUCACUACCGUCACUGUUUUGCUAAUAUCUUAUAAGAUUACAAAAUGAUAGUUCUUUCUUCGUCGGGUUUCGUUUUUCUUUGAUGUAAACGAAGGUUUUUUAUUUUUUUGAAACAAAAAUAUUUAGUUGUCGAUGGACUGUAAAUUGUCUAAAUAAUCGUCGAAAACUAUGGUUUCAAAAGCGUUGCCUCAAGCUAAAGCAACACAGAAAAAUAUGAAAAGUAAUUGUGUAAGUUUAAAAAGAUUACUGAACUUCAUUUAUAUUAUAUUAUAUUAUAAAAAAGUUGAAAUAUUUAUAGAACAUACCUAUUGAGUUUGAGUUUGUCUUGAUCUUUCGGGUUUUGUUUUGGCUUGCACAACAACGUUGAAGAUUUAUUUUUAUACGAUGAUUUCUGUAUAUGUUCUGUUCAGAACUGUUGCUUUUCGUAAAAAAGCCCACUAGAAUGGGUUUUUAGGCACUUUUUUCCACUUUUUUUUCCAUUUUAAGUCUCGAUAUAAAAUUUUUGCAAACUUUGCAUUUGAAAAAAACAAUUUGCACUCUCUGCAACCGCGCGAAAUUCCCACUGAAAUUCCCUGCCGCCUGGGAGUCUGGGAACUAAAAUGCUCUUAUAAAUCCGCCAUUUUCUGGAGACAAAUUUUUCACUGAGAAAAGAUAGGAGUACGCAUUCUAUAUCUAUUAUUUCUAUGAUCUCAGUUAAGAGGAAUUGUGGCGUCAGCAAUAAAUUUCAUACGCCAGAAUACGAAUCGUACACGACAAAUCGCAGCGUGUAAACGUAGCUUGAGCCAGAAUACGAAUCGUACUCGACAAAUCGCAGCGUGGAAACGUACCUUUAAUUUUGAAAUGUAUAAUUGCUGACGCGACCAUUAGUUUCAAAGGUUGUGGAAACCAGGCCUGGUUGCAUGUAGCCUAUAUACCAUUUGAUUUGAAAAUGCUUGGUUAUACGGUCAAGUAGUGACUUCUCAUCCAAUGUUACAGUAGCAAGAACCAAAGCUACUCGGUUAAAAUUUCCGCUCUAUUGGCGCACUUGCUUUACUGCCAUAUUAGUGUACAAAUUCGGAGAAUUUUGGGUAGUUCUCAUGUGUACGGUCACCAAAUUAUCUUGACAAGUUUCCUUUGACAAGUUUUGUUGCACCGGUGCAUGCGCGGGAUGUUAUUAAACAUUUUAUCUCACGUCAAGUCCGCCUUUUGGUUGCCAAAAUCAUAGACGAAUCUCUCUUACACUUCUCUCAACUUUUCUUUGGCGACCACACGAACAAAUUUCCCUUGUCCAAAAACUGUCAUGACUGGCUUUGGAAUAAGACUCCUUGCCAAAAGAAAAUGUAAUUUUUUUUCAGUUUAUUUCUAUUUAUCCUUAGAUACAAGUAAGAAAAAGAAAACCAAGUGAUACUGUGAGGAGGAAGUGAUAUCAUUUCAAAGGUGUAACUCAGUCUUACCUGUAUUUCUAUCUUAAGUGCAUGAUAUUUUGACUGGAAACCAAAGUUGUAACGAGUAUCCUUGCAAAGUCGAAUCACGAGUCGAGUCGCUCGGAGGUCGAGUUACAAAUCGAAUCAUUUCAGUGUCUGAUCGAGUAGAGUAGAUUUUCCGUGUUUCUUUACAUUUAAGGUAAUUCCGCAGUUUUGCUUUGCGCACUUUUACUGCGCACAUCUUAUAACUUAUCAUUUCAUCCAUUAUACGUACCAUUUUAAAAAAAAUAUCAUUUUAUGACAAUUUUAUGUUACUUCAAAACAUCUUUGGUUAUAUUCGUGCAAAGAAUUACGUUAAAAUCAAUGUUUUCAAAAAAGGCACACAAAAGUGUAGCUAACAUUUUCAAAUUCUCAAAUUUUCAUCUAUAAAGCCAAAAUUAGAGUUGCCAACUUGUCUAGUCUUGUUCGUUAAUGCAUAUACUCUACGAAAAUGUCAGUUGGCAGCUUGUAACAGAAAAUGCCAUCAAACAAAUUUUGUUGCACAUUUUCCGGUUUUGGCCGGCCGUCUAUUUCUAGACAUUAAAAAGCAUUCGAUUCUAUCAAUCAUCGUGUUUUAUUGAAUAAAAUGAAUGACAAUUUGGAAUGGCAUGUAGUAAAACACUGACUACCGGAACACCGGAACACCACCGGAACACCGGAACACCACCAUUUUGUUUGGGGUUAGGGUUUGGGGUUAGGGUUAGGAUUAGGGGUUAGGGUUGGGGUUAGGGUUAGGAUUGGGGGUUAGGGUUGGGGUUAGGGUUAGGUGGUGUUCCGGCGGUGUUCCGGUGUUCCGGUAGUCAGUGUUUUACUACAUGCCAUUUGGAAUCUUUGGCUCGGAACUAAAAUGGUUCGAAUCGUAUUUAAUGAAUAGAGUACAGCAAUGCAGUAUUAAUGGCAAAUUGUCUGACAAAAAAAGGAUUAACUGUCGAUUGCCUCAGGGUUCUAUACUGGGGCCCCUGUUAUUUUUAUUAUAUAUUAAUGACCUGCCUGAUUGUCUGAGAUCAACCGCUUCUUGUAUGUAUGCGGACGACACUCAAAUAUUUUCAUCGUCUUAUGAUGCAAAUGAACUUGUUGUAAAGCUAAAUUCGGAACUUGCUCAUGUUUUUGAAUGGAUGAAAGAAAAUAGAUUGCAGAUGCGUCCAUCUAAAUGUAAAAUGAUGUUUGUUGGCUCCACGCACAAUCUUAAUAAAUUAGGGUGUGAAGAGCCUAUUAUGGUAAAUGCAAAGCCCAUACCACGAAUCAGUACACAAAUAUGUCUGGGAGUAAAAUCGAUGAAAAUUUGAAUUGGGACAGUCAUAUUACAUUGAUAUGCAAGAAAGUAAGUGCAGCUAUUGGCGUUAUGAGACGUAUGAAACAUUUUGUUCCGAUGCAUACAUUAGAAUCUGUUUAUAAAAGCUUGGUACAGCCAUACUUUGAUUAUUGUUCCCCUUUGUGGGACACUUGUGGCAAGUUGUUAAGGAUAAGCUCCAAAAAUUUCAAUCCCGGGCAGCGAGGGUUGUAACGGGUGCUAAUUAUGAGUCUCGGUCGGCUGAUGUUCUUAACUCACUCUCGUGGGACACUCUUGAAAAUAGACGUUCCGGUGCCAAGUCAGUAUUGAUGUAUAAAAUACUUAAUGACCACACUGCGCCGGCUCUUCGGGGGUCUUUUGUGGGAAGAGAAAUGGAUCAAACUAAUUACAAUCUCCGCAAUACUGCAACAGACCUUACAUUACCUAAGCCAAAAAGAGAAUUUAAAAAAAUGCGUUCAAUAUAGUGGUGCUCUGCACUGGAAUCAGCUCCCAAAUGAAGCGAAACUAGCAAGUUCGCUUCACUCGUUUAGAUUAAAUGUUGGAUAGUGACAUGCAUACAUUUGUAUAUAGAAAAGUGUGUAUAUAUAGUAUUUAGAUAUAGGUAGUUAUUUAUUUAUUUAUUUAUUUAUUUAUUUAUUUUCAAACAUUUUUAAUAUUUAACACGCCCCUCAUGGAAAUCAGCCCAGAGUUGAUGCAUGGGGCUAGCGUGUUCCUUUUUGUUAAUUUUAAAUAAAAAGUAUUGCCUGCCUGCCUGCCUGCACUCACGUUGCUCUAAUGUAUUCAGAACGACACAAAUUGGGACAACAAAUUAUUCAAACGUUUUGUUUCGCAUUAGGCCUACAAAUUUCUUUGUUUCGAAGGCAGCGUCUUUCAGUUCGGGUCACUUUUCUAAAUUAGUCUAUAUUCCGCACAAAAACGUGCGAAAAACCAGUCGUUUUUGUAGUAUACUAGUUUAUACUUUCGUUGUGGGGGACAAAAUUUCGAAAUACACAAUGAAGUCGUUAUAAAUCGAAAUAUACAACAAGACAAAAGCCGUUAAAUUCGACAGUAUGGCAUUCUGGAUUUGGCUUUUCAAGCAAAGUAGGUCAAGGAAAACCAUGCAGGUUUCGCUUUUCCCGCUUUCUGGAAUACGGGGCCUGGGGAUACGACGGUUAUAGGGUUGGGAUUCAGAUGUACGUCCUAAUAUUUGAAAUUGGCAUAUACUCGGGAGGUAUAGAUAGUUCUUUUCGCACAAUUUGAUUGGUUGCUCAGCUCUUGAUAUCCUUGUACUAUUUACCUCCGGACAAAAACAAAGUGGUUUCCGUUGCGUACCAGUUACAGACGAGCAAUCUUUUGUACUAAAGGAAGCAUUCUUUAAAGCUUUUUUUUUAACAGUUUUUGUGUCGGUUAAUAUACUUCCAUGCAUGCAGUAUUCACCUCCACUUUGGGCCACUUUGGUGAAUAAUUGUUAAAAUCUGAAUUUUUUGGUUGUUUAGAAUCACCUGAUGAACUUCAGUUCAUCCUGGAGUCUGGUCCAGUAAAGCCACACCGUUUACUCUAUUCAUCGGGCAUCAAUGCCGGAUGUAAUUGUAAAGAAACAAAGCCAAAGGAUAUAUGCACAAUGCAUGGUCAUCGAAUUACUCGAAUAUACAAGAGUGCUUCAACACACUGCAAUGCUACUGGUCAUUUAAGCCCAAUGAUUCAUACUGGAUUCAAUAUCAAAAUGUUGGAUUCAAAAUCCUUCGCAUGCGUAAUGCAGCAGCAACACACUAAUAAUAAUAACUUCACUUACAAGCUAGAGAACGUUAUGUCACAUUGGACAUAAAAGCAUGUCAACUAUAAUUAGCCAGGCAACUCUUACAGCAAAUUCGUAUUGUUAGUUGCAAGUGAUAAUGCUCCACGUAUAACACCCCUAGUAGGCGCAAGUUGAUUCAGUAUAAAUGAUAUUCUUCUGAUCACUUUUAUAGGUGAAAUAGUUUUUUCAAAUUGUUUUUUAGUUUCUGGUUAUUGUUUGGUUUUUGGUUUAAAAGUAAUAAAAAUGUAAUUUAAUGCAAUAUGCUGAUAUUUUAUGUA